GCGUCUUUCCCCUCUGCCAGCUCGUUCGUCAUGAGCCUGGUGCCCACGCUGCUGCUGGUUGGCUUCCUGCUGCUCGCUCUGAGACGGGGCCCCCUGGGAGCCGGGCGCGGGAGGCGAGGGGGCGGGCUCUUCAGCGUCGGCGAGACGACGGCCAAGAUCCUGAAAGACAGCAUCGACGUGCGGUUCCGAGACGUGGCCGGCUGCGAGGAGGCCAAGCUGGAGAUCAUGGAGUUCGUCAACUUCCUGAAGAACCCCAAACAGUACCAGGACCUAGGCGCCAAGAUCCCCAAGGUCCUUCUCCACGGGGGUGGCUGGGUCCCCUCGGCUGAGCGGGUGGAGCGCUGCCCUGGGCUGAGCUUUCUGGCCAGCAGAGAGGGGAGCGAGGGCAGGGUGCAGGCACCCCAAGGGGGCCACCGAACAGCGGGGCCGCGUGCCAAGGCCUGUGGCUCUGCUCUCUGGCCCCUGUGGCUUUAUUCGCGUCUCUUGGUUACCCUGGGGCGAUGGGUCAGCCGUGUGGGCGGGGGUGCCGCGUGCUCUGGGGGCCACCGAGCGGAGACGGUGCCUGGCUCUGCGGAGCCCCUGCCGACUCCCAUCCCCGUGGAAAGGCAGCGGCCCCUGGGGCCCUGGCAGGAGGCUUGUCACCCCCGGGUGUGUCUGUUUCAGGUGCGGGACAUGUUUGCCUUGGCCCGCAAACACGCCCCCUGCAUCCUGUUCAUCGACGAGAUCGACGCCAUCGGCCGGAAGCGGGGCCGGGGGAACUUCGGGGGGCAGAGCGAGCAGGAGAACACCCUCAACCAGCUGCUGGUGGAGAUGGACGGGUUCAACUCCAGCACCAACGUGGUGGUGCUCGCAGGAACCAAUCGCCCGGACAUCCUGGACCCCGCGCUCACGAGACCGGGGCGCUUUGACCGCCAGAUUUACCUCGGCCCGCCCGAUAUCAAAGGCAGAGCCUCCAUCUUUAAGGUCCAUCUCCGGCCCCUGAAGCUGCAGGAAAGCAUCAGCAGAGACGCCCUGGCCAGGAAACUGGCUGCACGGACCCCAGGAUUCACAGGUGCUGACAUCUCCAACGUCUGCAACGAGGCUGCCUUGAUCGCCGCUCGCCACCUGGGGCCCGCUGUCGCCGAGAAGCACUUUGAGCAGGCCAUCGAGAGAGUCGUGGGGGGUGAGGCCGCUCAGCGCUCUGCGGGGGCACGGCCACAGGGCUUUCCGGGGAACACGGAAACGCUGGACAGGGGGGGGCGAGGGCACUUUCCCAGCAUUCCCUCUGGCAGGCCCACUCGGGAAUCCAGGAGCCUGGUCCCAGCCUGCCACCAGCUGCCUUGUCCCUCGCAGGUGUCCAUCAUCCCGCGGGGGCGGGGCCUGGGCUACGCUCAGUACCUGCCCCGGGAGCAGUACCUGUACACCAAGGAGCAGCUCUUCGACCGCAUGUGCAUGAUGCUGGGCGGGAGGGUGGCCGAGCAGCUGUUCUUCGGGCGCAUCACCACGGGCGCACAGGACGACCUGAGGAAGGUGACGCAGAGCGCCUACGCCCAGAUCGUCCAGUUCGGGAUGAGCGACAGGCUGGGCGAGCAGCUCACGGAGAGGCCGUACAGCGAGACAACGGCCCAGCUGAUAGACGAGGAGGUCCGGCGCCUCAUCAGCUCCGCAUAUGAGAGAACCCUGGAGCUCCUGACGCGGUGUCACGCCCAGGUGGAGAAGGUCGGGAGGCGUCUGCUGGAGAAGGAGGUGCUGGAGAAGGCGGACAUGGUCGAGUUGCUGGGCCCCAGGCCCUUUGCGGAGAAAUCCUCCUACGAGGAGUUUGUAGAGGGCACCGGGAGCUUGGAUGAAGACACCUCCCUGCCGGCAGGCCUGAGGGACUGGAACAGCGAGCGGGAGGAGGAGAGCACCUCCUAGCAGUGAGUGCCCGCUGGGCGCAACCUGCCUGCGCUGCGGCCAGCCCCGCCUCUGGGUGGGCACCAUCUCCGCAGAAGCUGACGCCCAAGCGCGGCGGUUAGUCUUUGGGGUGCCCCAGGACUCCGCGGUGGCUUCCACAUGGUGCUAGCUGUGGUGCUGCUCUGCCUCCGGCCUGGCCGCCCGCUCAUGCCUUGGCACGAGGCACUCCUGGCCCGGGAGCCGGGGGCUCCCCCAGCUCUGACGCUGGCCGUGUGCGUUCCUGGGGGCCUGGCAGCAGGUGUCUCUAAUCCCCAGUGCUGGGCUCCAGCUCUGUCCCUGGGUAGCUCCUCUCCCAGCCAGGCCUGCGGGGCAUAAAGGGGCCCUGGCUGCUGAAAGCCGAGAUGUGGCUUCCUUCCUCGAGCCGGGCCUGGCUUGCAGUUCCAGCCGUGUCCUGGGGGCAGCCCUGCCAGGGCCCACCAUGCGCCGCGGGCUGCUGAGCAAGCAGCAGCUGCACCACAGGGCCCAGCCGCUGCCGCCCCCCAGGGCAGUGCCAGUGGGGCAUUUAGUGACGGGGAGGAAGUGCUGCACCUGGCCUGUGCUCCUGAACCUGGCGCCGGCGCCUCCCUGCUCCUACCUCACCAGCCUCCUCCGCCUGGCCACAGCCGGGCCGUCCUCCAAGCGCCUUCCCCUGCAGCCCCGUGGUGGUUGGGCUCUGGAAUCCCGGUCUUCUGUGGCUCUGACGGCAACCCCCCGCCUGUUACACUGACACCCCCUGCCCCGGCUCAGCUGGUCGCCCUCGGGCACCUUCCAGCCCCCUGGCCUUAGGAACCGCAGUCUGAACCCCUCAGGGCCUGGUUCACUCCUUGCCUCCGGCGCCGUCCCGGGGCAUUACUCGGCCUGCAGCCAGUGCAGGUACCUCUGGGCAGGGAGCAGUGAGUCUCCGAACCUGGAUCAGCUGCCUUGGGCUGAGCCCCGGGUCUAAGCCGAGCAGCCCGCCUGCCGGGGCUGGAGCAGCCGUUGACCUAGCAGAGCCGCCCUGCGAGGUUGUGCAGGCCGGAGCGUUUGUAACCGUCUCACAACCCCCGUGGUGCCAGCCGGGGCUGACUCCCCACUGCCAGACACGCAGCUUGGCUCAGCAGUGCCCUCCAGAGGCCGUUA